AUGCAAUGGACUUUACUGUCUGGUAAUGACUUCCAGGGUGAGAGCCUCCGCUACUGCCACGGUGGCGAUACAAUGGAUCUUACUGUCUGGGAUACUGGCUUCCGAAGUGAGAGCCUGCGCUACUGCCACGGCGGCGAUACGAUAGAUCUUACUGUCUGGGAUAAUGGCUUCCGAAGUGAGAGCCUGCUCUACUGCCACGGCGGCGAUACGAUAGAUCUUACUGUCUGGGAUAAUGGCUUCCAGAGUGAGAGCUUGCACUACUGCCACGGCAGCGAUACAAUGGAUCUUACUGUCUGAUAAUGGCUUCCGGAGUGAGAGCCUGCGCUACUGCCACGGUGUCGAUACAAUGGACUUUACUGUCUGGUAAUGACUUCCAGGGUGAGAGCCUCCGCUACUGCCACGGUGGCGAUACAAUGGAUCUUACUGUCUGGGAUAAUGGCUUCCGAAGUGAGAGCCUGCGCUACUGCCACGGCGGCAAUACGAUAGAUCUUACUGUCUGGGAUAAUGGCUUCCGAAGUGAGAGCCUGCUCUACUGCCACGGCGGCGAUACGAUAGAUCUUACUGUCUGGGAUAAUGGCUUCCAGAGUGAGAGCUUGCACUACUGCCACGGCAGCGAUACAAUGGAUCUUACUGUCUGA